UUUUCACUGUACUCGAUGCACGCUCCGCCGCUCAGCAGCCGCCUCGCCUUCGUCCCGUCUGCCGGCGGCCGGAAUCCAAUGUCGCCGUGCCGUCUUCUCCCUCUAACUCCCGCCACUUCCACCACCCAUCCCCGCCGCUCCCACCGGCACGCGGCGGAUGGCGAGGGCCGCCGUCUCCCCGCGCUCCUCCUCUCGGCGCCUAGGGCAUGCAGGGCUCCGUAGCGCCGCCGCCUCCCCGUCCAUCCAUUACUCCCGUCGGAGAAAACCCUAUGUCCUCGUCGUUAUUCCUCCCCUCCGUCGUGCUCGACCCAUCUCCCGGGCACAGCCUCCGUAGUCCGUUCCGUUCGUGGUGAGAUUUCGCGGCCGUCUCUAAUUGGGGAAAUGGGAGAAAGCAUACAGAGGUCAAAGCCUCAGAUCCAAUGCUGGCCUUUUAUGUUCUCAUGACCAGUUAUUUCUGUAAAUUUUGCUAGAUUUCUUAAACCAACCUCUGCAUCGUGUAAUUUCCAUCUUAUAUACAUUGUGUCCCGUCCCAUUUAAUCUAUCUGAAUUCUGAACAUAUGCAUGUAGGUUCAGCAAGGGAGCGGCGAGAAGGCACCGAACACGUCCAGGAUAUCUAGUCUAAGGUCCUUGGAUGGAGUUGCUCUGACUCCAGCAAUGGCACGAAAAGAAAACCAUCUCUCUGUUUUCCCUUUUACAUUUUUAUAUAAAAGGGGAGGUUUUUCUGGCUGUUGAGGUGGAGCAGAGACUCGCCAUACAAGUGAGUGAGAGACGAUCAUCCAUGCCAUGUCAAAACCCUGUCCAUCGCCCGGGAGGCCCCUAUUUUUAGAAGCCUUUCGCCUCGUCUUCUGCCUCCUCCUUUGCCUCCUCUCCACAGUCUGAUUUAGAGACCUUGCAUGCAUGCCUUGCCUGCCGCCUAUCCACAAUUUAGUUCCUCUAGUUUUGUGGGUGCUAGAUCCCUUUCCCCAAACCCACUCCGUUGCGCUAGCACAUUUGAAGCCUGAAUUUCCCCACAAGGUCUGGUGAGAUGCUGUCAUCCUUUCCCUUAAUUCUGCAACUGUUUUGCUUGCGCCUCUGCGAUUAUUGUCUGAAUUGAUUCGUGAAGAGACACAGAUUUGUCUAUCUUGCAUCUCUCGUGAACGCAUGGUACUUACGUAUGUUGCAUCUGUUGUGAAAUUUGUGUGAUGCAGCAGGGUGCUCGUCUCUAACCCGAAUGGGAGCAACAUAUCCUCUCGUUUUCUUGAUCCUCUUACUUCUUCAUGGAACCAAGGCUGCUUCGGAUCCUCCAGUACCGGGAUGGCUGACUCUGAGUGGUCGUCGUCCUCUAGUCAUUGCUCGUGGGGGUUUGUCUGGGGUAGUGCCUGAGUCAAGCCAGCUUGCAUACAGCAUGGCAAUGGGAAGUAGCUUGUGUGAGGUGGUUCUGUUCUGCGACCUGCAAUUCUCUAGCGACGGUGUGGGCUUCUGCCAUGGCAGCUUGAGACUUGACAAUUCGUCAAAUAUUGCUGAGAAGUUCGCUGACAGGGGCUCGACUUAUCAAGUGAAUGGACGAGAUGUUCAAGGAUGGUUUUCUCUGGAUUUCAAAUCAGAGGAGCUACAUAGUGUCCUAUUGGUUCAGAAUGUUUUGUCUCGCUCAAAUACAUUUGACAGAACACAGGAACUGUUGUCGCUUGACAAUGUGGUUCAAAGCGUCUUGGCUCAAAAAGGCGAGCUUCAUGUAAUUUGGGUCAACAUAGAGUACAACUCGUUUUUUCUGGAGCACGGAUUAAGUGGCGAAGAUUACAUAUUGGGACUACCAAAAGAAUUUCCUGUCACUCGCGUCUCCUCACCAGAAUUUGCAUUCUUAAAAAGUCUCAGUGGAAAGGUCAGAAGUGAUAUAAAGUUGAUUUUCCGGUUUCUCCGUGAAGACCUUGUUGAGCCUACGACAAAGAGAACAUAUGGAGAACUUCUGAAAGACCUGAAAUCUAUCAAGGCCUUUGCAUCGGGGAUUCUUGUUCCCAAGCAAUUUAUUUGGCCACAGAAUAAGGAUAUGUACUUGGAGCCGUCUACCAGUUUGGUCAAAGAUGCACAUGCCCUAGGGCUGGAAGUGUACGCAUCUGGAUUUGCCAAUGAUGAUCCCUGUAUGAGUUACAACUACAGCUAUGAUCCCAGCGCGGAAAUCUUGCAGUUCAUAGACAAUUCAGACUUCUCGGUCGACGGCGUUUUAACAGACAAUCCACCUACCGCAUCAGGAGCCAUAGUGUGCAUGGCACAUACCAAGGGCAAUGCAUUCGUUUUUCCUAUUGCUAAAGAUGGAGCUCCUCCAGGAGUAGAAGCAAACGUCAGGCCACUGAUCAUAACCCACAAUGGUGCGAGUGGCGUCUUCUCAGACAGCACGGACCUUGCCUACCAACAAGCGGUGAAAGAUGGCGCGGACAUAAUAGAUUGCUGGGUCCGGAUGUCGAAAGACGGGGUCGCCUUCUGCCUGGGCUCUACAGAUCUCAACAGCAGCACGACAGCAGCCACAACUUUCUUGGAAAAAAUGACAACUGUCAAUGAGAUACAGAACAAGUCGGGCAUUUUCUCGUUUGAUCUCUUAUGGAGCGAGAUCCAAACCUUAAAACCCAACCUUGUCGGUCCAUUCGCAGACGCACGCCUGGAGAGAAAUCCUGCGGCGAAGAACGCUGGCAAAUUUAUGACACUGGCUGAGUUCCUUGAUUUUGCAAAAGCCAGCAACAUCACUGGUAUACUGAUUGGCAUAGAGCAUGCUACGUACCUUAUAGCCAGAAGCCUUGACGUGGUGGAUGCGGUCUCCAAAGCGCUUGUCAAGUCCGGGUACGACAAGGAGACCUGUAAGCAGCGCGUGCUCAUACAGUCAGAGGACGCCCCGGUGCUUGCGGCGUUCAAGACGUUCCCCAAGUUCCAGCGGGUGCUGACGAUCGAGUUCGACAUAAGCGACGCCUCCAAGCCUUCGGUGGAUGAGAUAUUAGAGUUUGCAAACGCGGUGAAGCUCAGGCGCAGCUCUGCCGCGCGGGUCAACGGCUUCUUCCUGGAGGGGUUCACCAAUUCCUUGGUCGACAGGCUGCAUGCCGGCAAUUUGCACGUGUAUGUCGGCGUCCUCAAGAAUGAGUUCAUGAACCUCGCGUUCGACUACUGGGCCGACCCCUUGGUGGAGAUCGCCACGGACACGUUGUCGGUGGGCGCCGACGGGAUCGUGACCGAGUUCCCUGCCACUGCAGCUGCAUACUUCAGGAGCCCAUGCGCCAACUACGAAAGAAAGGACCUUCCCUACAUGAUCGCCCCCGCCACACCCGGCGGCUUGCUCCAGCUGGCUGCCACUGGCUCGGUCCCUCCGGCGCCCCCUCCGGCGCCGGUGCUCCAGCCCCAGGACAUCCUGCAACAGCAGCUGCCGGUGUGCCCCAACGACCCCAUGUUCCGGACCUUCCGCUGCCGCCUGGGGCCCAAGGAGACGCCGACGGGGAAACCUGAGUACAACAUCAAUAUGGCUAGCCUAGAUGACUAGGUUCCUUGUGGUGGAACCAGCCCAUCCGGGUUCAAGUCCUAAACUUGACAUGGGUGCUCUCAUAGAAGGUGUGUGCUGCCGACGGGUGAAGAAAUGCCAAGACGGACAUCAUCUUGUUGCAAAUACCCCACCCCACUCUUUGCGAGUUUCGCUAAGUUCGUUGUGCAUUACAUACUGGAAUUAAUGCGUUAGUUACCUAGUUACGUGGCACUAGAACAACAUCGUGUACUGAGUAUUCGGACAAGUUUGCUUUUAAAGUGGGCAUUUUUUUU